AUGUUCUCUAGGAUAUUUGAUACCUUCAAGCUAUCAUCGACGAUCACCAACGAAGAUGUGAUAUUAUAUCCAAGUGACACUAUAAAAGGCAUAUUAGAUGUUGACGUCGUCAACAAGGCAAAAGUGAAACGAAUAGAGGGUUCAUUAAAGGGAGAGCUGUUCCUUCAGUAUUUCAGUGUGUCAUCCAACAAAAUGGAGACAAGAACCGUUACGUUUCUAGCUCGUCCUUUGGCAUUCAAUGAGGAAGAUGAAUCGGAAAAAUCAUUGAAUAUUGAUGAAGUUUGGUACAAGGAUUCUUUCCAUCAAGUAACCUUUAGCGUCAAAAUUCCGGAUUACAUAAUUUUAGACGAAGGAGAAGGCUCUUGGUGGAGUCAUUUUGGAUAUCCCAAAAGCUCUGAGGGGACAACUUGCUGUUUGCCUCCAUCUAUAAACUACUAUGGAAGUCAUGAAGAGCAAUACAAGAUCAAUUAUUCGAUCGACAUAUACCUUGUGACGGACAACAUGGUGUUCUCAAGGCAUUACCACGAAAUCAAACUAGUCAUCGAGAGUAGGCUUACCAAACGACAAUUGAACAUAAUAAAAGAGGCAAACAGCGACAUGGAUGAGGCUCAACUAAUAGAGGCAAACGCCAAAUGGUCAAGCCAUCCAAGAAAACUGAUAAAGGCUGACGAAGACCACAUGGAAGAUGAGGUUGAUCACAUAGUUAGUUCCAACCUAACUGGAAGCUACAAAUAUUCAAAGUACAUUCGGCAGUUUUACGAUGAUAAGUUUAUCCCCUCCAAUUACAAACAGCUCGUUUGUGAUGUGCACAUGAAAGUUCAGUUAACAAUGAGUUCCAAGCAUUGCUAUAUCGGAGGUCCGUUACCACGUUUGGGCGUUAGGAUCAAGGUAGCCAAUCCGAGCUCAGAUUUUCUCAUACCGGGAACCCAACAGUCGUCACUUCUGGGAGAAUUUUUUGUCAAGAAAGUUACACUGGAUUUGGUUGAAAAGUCCACCAUUUUGUACAAUAGAAGAUCCCUUACAAAGAGAAGGACUUUAUUUCAGAAUGUUUAUUACGGCUUCAAGUUUGACUUGGCGACAGUUGGUGACGACUACCUGAUUCCGUAUGAUCAGAUAUUUGGAUCCGAAGAUGAUAUAAUAUUGAAUCCGAACACACCACUGGGGGAACAAUUUAAAAAGGGAACUUCUAAAAAUCAAGGGCUACGAUUAACCAACGAUCUAGAAGUAUUUCAGCUGCUACAGAAGAGACAUAUACUGGAAUUUACACUCAUACUGUCAAAUUUGGAGACAGGAGGAAGAACUCGAACAGUUUAUUUGAAAUCAGACUUGAUCGUACUUCGAAGGUGA